CUUGCGUCGUACAGUAUAAAAGCGCGGCGGCCGCCUGGACAGCCGGAACUCACGACAUGGCCGCCAGGGGAACCGCCACCAUCCUGAUCACAGCGUGCGCCCUGGUCGGCCUCGCCUGGGCCACCAUCAACCCAGAGCCGCACGUCGUUGCGGACAAGGACUUCCUUCUGAGGCAGAAGAAACUGCUGGAAGUUUUUUGGCAUGUCGGACAACCCACUGUAGAUCCCGAGCAGAAGGUUAUUUCGGAAACGUUUAAUCUUGAGGAGAAUGUCAACAACUUCAAGGAUCCAGAGCUCGUCAAGAAGUUCGUGAAUUACUACACUCACGGCUACUUCAAGCAGCGUGGAGAACAGUUUUCCAUCUACAACAAGCUGGACCAGAUCCAGGCCAAGGCUCUUGUCGACCUUUUGUACCAGGCGAAUGACUUCGAGACCUUCUACAAGACGUCCGUGUGGGCCAGGGACCACCUGAAUGAGGGCCUGUUCGUGUAUGCUCUCAACGUGGCCAAGCUGCACCGCGAGGACCUCUUCGACGUGGUGCUGCCCCCCUUCUACGAGCUGUACCCGCACCUGUACGUCAGCCCUGAGGUCAUCAAGGAGGCGUGGGAAGCCGCCCUGCAAGGCAAGGCCUUCAACAAGGAGAACCCUUACGUGAUCCGCGUCAACUACAGCGGGCAGCCAUUCGCUCGCAACGCCGAUGAGCUGGUCUCGUACUACACUGAGGACGUGGGCCUCAACGCCUACCUGGACUUCAUGCACUACCGCUACCCCUUCUGGGCCAAGAUGCCGGAGUAUAACCAGGCCAACUACACACGCCGCGGAGACCAAUUCUACUACGGCAUCAAGGCCAUCGUCGGCAGGUACAACCUGGAGAGACUGUCGAACCACCUCCCAGACGUAGAGCCCAUCGACUACACGAAACCCAUCAACGGAGUCGUCCCUCAGAGUCCCCUUGUGCAGUACGUGAGCACGCUGGAGAAGAGGCUUCGUGAAGCCAUCGAUGCAGGAUAUGUAUUUGACAGCAACUUCACAAGAUACUCACUGAAUGACCCUCUCAGCAUUGAGAUCCUUGGAAGAAUUGUGGAAGGCAAUGCGGACUCCAUCAACAAGGACUACUAUGGCUCGUUCUACAGAAGCCUCCUGUCUCUCGCUGCCGGUCCAGGCAGCGUCACCCCAGCCUCUUCCUUCAGCAAUCCUGCAUUCUACAAAGUUGCUGCGCGAGUCGCAUCAAUCCUCGAUCAGUUUAAGGACAGGCUGGGACCAUACUCAAGGGACCAGCUGCUGCUGCCUGGAGUGAAAGUCGAGAGCCUGACCGUCGACAAGCUGGUGACGUACUUCGACGACUACGAUUUCGAGCUGAAUAACGCUAUUCCUGUCGAAAGCGUGGAGGAAGGCGCCAAGCUGAAUGUAGUCGCCCGCACGCAGCGGCUGACACACAAGCCGUUCAACUACCACAUCAAGGUCACCAGUGACAAGGACAUCGACGUGUUCGUGCGCUUCUUCUUCGGCCCCCGCUACGACGUCUACGGCAAGGAGCUGACCCCCAACGAGAAGAGGCACAACAUGCUCUACACUGACUCAUUCAUCUUCAAACUGAAAAAGGGCGAGAACGAGCUGGUGCGGAACUCGAGGCAGUUCAACUACUACGGCCAACUGUCUCUGACCUACAGCAAGCUGUACCAGCGCACUGCAGAGGCCAUCACGUCAGGCUCUGAGGUGUACGUGGACGACUUCGUGAAGAAGUACGGCGACCCCGAGGGUCUGAUCCUGCCCCGCGGAACACGCAGCGGCCUGCCCCUCAGCAGCUACGUCAUCAUCAAACCGUUCACGCACAAGACCAUCAGCAGGAUCAACCCCUACACGGACGACAUCGGAGCCAAGAUCUCCUUCUUCCCCUUCGACAGGCCCAUCAACGAGCUCGAGUUCGACGUGCCCAACUCGUACUUUGGAGAAGCUGUGGUGGUGCACAGGAGCGGUGAUGAGAUCAACAGAGUAUGAAGGAGCCCUUCUCCUAAUACCUGCAGCAUUUGAUGAGAGACGGAGUGAGAGUUUCAAUAAAGUUUGACUUUGCACAAAAGGAA